UUUUGGUGUUUUUAAUGCUGUGUCUCACUAUAUGUUUUAAUUUGAAAGCUCUGACUCGUAUAAUGCAUUGUGGACUUUCCACAAUAUUGAUUUACUGAAGGUGGAUUUUUGCGACAGCGGUUUGACAGACUGUACAGUUUCUAUAUGGCCUUACUUGAAUACGACUCCUGCAUAUCAGUCUAGGUCUGGGACCUGGCAAAGUGCAUAAUUUAUACCGCUUAGAUUUAUAGUCGACUGGAAAAUUUAUUCGAAGCCUAUCAAUUCUUAUUUUCCUCGAAUCGGACAUAAGAGGGGUUUGGGGUUACGCUGACUGGGAUCAAGAGGUGAUAUGUCGAGAACACGUGAGAAAAAUAGAACAGUCUGGAUUAGAAUCAAUGCCAAUUGGACUAAUCCGACGGUAUCAUCAGGCUGUAUGGGAUGUUUGGGCCAUGUCACCACUCGGCGGCCAGGGAUCGCUGAGACUGAUGUAUCGAACCAACUCGACCGACGUGGCCACCGAAGGUCUGCGGUACUGGGACAGUGGCCCUCUGGGGAAUCUCUUCGCAUAUACAUGGAUAGGAGUUGAUCACGACGGUGCUUACCCGUUGUCAAUGCGAGACGUCUAUAUGACGGGCCUGAUGCAGAGCACAAACAUCAAGAUACGACCAUUGGAUCAGUGGGGAAACGUCAAGAUUCCACGACUGCCAAAGGCAAAUUCAUCCCAUACGGAUUCGGAAGGUCGGUUUCACAUCGCCAAAAACGCUUCUCGGCCAGAGGAAUACUCGUCGCUUUUGGGUCUUCCGAUUGUUGGGCUGUCUGAUCUCCACGCAGCAAGGAUGCAGUUCACGGUUGAAACGACUUAUGUGGAGGUUUCAUGCCCACAGGCCGAGUUCAUAGAUAUUGCCGAUAUGUCUGACUUCAAUAUGAGUAUGAAUGUGACAUGUCCUGGCUGCAGCGAUGGCAACGUCAAGGUUGUGCGAACCAACGCCUUGCUUGGCCCUCCUGCUCCUGGUCUUACAGACGCAGAGCAGGCGAAUGCGACUUAUACCCAACCACGAAGCAUUCAAUUUACUUCUAGUGGACUGCCCGGACGGUCACAGGUGGCCUGUCCGGUUACCCAACGACCGGUAGAGACGUUCAUCGAAUGUAUUGAGGGUAACUGUGCUGCGACCAAGAUACGCCCCUCAACGACCGACCACCGCAGUGGAAAUUACACCAGCUUCGACUACUGGGCAACUGUCGUCUUGGACAUGAUUUCCAAAGCAAGCCAACAAUAUACCGGCGCCGACAGCGUGAUUGUCGGGGCCAGCACCUCCGAGUUGUUUCUCAACAAUUCAGACACUCUCCCCCUCGAGACAACCGAGGAUUGGUCUUAUGGAGAUGGAUCCGUCAACCUGUCUUCUGUCAGCCCGGAGCUGUUUUCCGCGCGAGCAUCCGUUAUGCUGAACACGGCGCUGCAGGUCUUUAUGUGCCCGACUGGCUUUGCCGGCGACCUGUCAACCAACCUGUCCUCGUACGGUCCGGAUCACAUCCCCGCAGAUGGUCUCACGGUAUUCUCCGCCAAUGCCUUGACAUUGGAGGCUGGGCCCAUCCGCGAAGGUCUUGCCAUUGAGUUUAACACGCCCUUUAUCGCAGCGUCCACCAAUGCCACGCUGACGCGGCAUACCGAGGUUUACCGGCCAAAUUAUGUCUGGGUUAUUCUUCUCGUCAUAUCAACAGUUCUUCUCUUGGGAAUAGCGAUGGUCGGUCUCUCUCUGCGAUUUGCCACGAUGGCCCCGAAUAUCUUCGAUCCCGUUAUGGGCUUGACGUACAGAAAUGAGAAUAUGCCUUUGCACAAGACUCCAUUAGAUGCAGACGACCGAGCCGAAGCGAUUGCCAAUGACCGGGUCAGACUGGGGUAUAUGGAGGAUGACGGCAUACAGGCAAAGAUAACCUUUGGCAAUGAAGCCAACGUCAGUCCGCUAAGAAAAGGAAGAUUGUAUUAUUAGAACUCACACCUUGUCGAUUGUGUAUCGGAGCAGAGAGACUUUAUAAGAGUUUAUACCCCACAUCGUAUUCACAGCGAUCGACAACCGUCACAGCCACAACACGGCAUAUCUCAUCGAAUAAGAACCACCCAACGUGUUGCAUGAAGCUAAAUUCGGUAUAUUUGGGGCUGCAAAUGUCCGGAUGGACGAUCUCAUCUAUGCUACAGUCUCUCAUUGGUUGGUCACAGCCAGUAGGAUCCAGCUAGUGCCGUCAUUUGGGAGGAACGGGUGAAGGGUCUGUUCUUGAUGAAACCGACGUAGCAGUGAAAAGGAUUAAUAUUCCCGC